AUGGAGCGCGUAAGUAUGGCUUACCACAGCAGCUCGAGCUUUGGCGAAGCUCUUGCAAAAUUAAGACCUGCCGUUCGACUGACUCUUCCACCUCUCUGGUUCUUCAACUUCCCUCCCUCGAUUGAGCCACGAACACUACCUCCCCCACCAAAUGAUCCGACUCUGGCGCAUCCCUUCACCAUUCCAAUUGAUAUCUACAACAAAGUUCUCAAUGCGACGGUACCUGUCACAAUCGCCCUCAUCUAUAUUACCACUGUCACCUUCCUCAAUUCGGUAAACAAACGAAGAGGCUAUCGGCCAUGGGCUUUCAGCAAGACCAGAUUCUUCAAGCUCAUGGUCAUCACACACAACAUAGUCCUCUCCCUUUACUCAGCCUGGACCUUUGUGGGCAUGCUCAAUGCGCUCAAGAUCUCCCUCUACUCACCCUGGGAACCAUAUGGCCUCGCAGGAACAGUAGACUCGCUGUGCAAAAUAAACGGUCCAAGAGGUGUUGGUUCAGCUGCAAGAUACAAUCCUCAAACAUCCACGUGGGGGAUUGCAAACCGAAUAUACCACCUUGGCACCGACACGAAUCCUGACGCGACUGACGUGGGGAGAAUGUGGAAUGAAGGUUUAGCAUUCUACGGCUGGCUCUUCUACAUGUCCAAGUUCUACGAGGUUAUUGAUACUCUCAUCAUCAUCGCCAAAGGCAAGAAGAGCAGCUUUCUGCAGACAUAUCAUCAUGCUGGAGCCAUGAUCUGCAUGUGGGCUGGCAUCCGCUACAUGUCUCCUCCUAUCUGGGUCUUUGUUUUGGUUAAUUCCUUCGUUCACUCGAUCAUGUACACUUUCUACCUCUUCACUGCCAUUGGCGUCAAAGUGCCUAGCUGGUUCAAGCGCACCCUGACCACUCUUCAAAUCACCCAAUUCGUUCUUGGAGCAUCUUACGCUUUUCUACAUCUCUUUAUUAAGUAUCAGAGUCCGAUCAGCGUACCUUACUCAUACCAUCUUGGCUCUGCCGCAACCGCCAUCGCCUCGGAUGUUUCUUCUGUCGCUUCUGCUGCAGUCGCGACAGCAUCCGCCGAUCUUGGAUCACAAAUCAAGAAAAUUCUGCUACGUGCUGCUGGCAGAGAGGGCCUUGCCGAGAACGUUCACAACAAUCGUGGACAGCUCUUUGGUAUUGAUGCAGUCAAGGCAGCUCAAGACGAAGCCAGAAGAGAAGAGAUUCGCUACAGAGACGAGCUCGACUGGACACACUGUCUCGAUACUAGCGGCCAAGCUUUUGGUAUUUACCUGAACGUUCUCUAUUUGGCACCCCUCACCUGGCUUUUCGUCAGAUUCUUUAUCAAAUCAUAUCUACAGCGACUUGAACGCAGACGCAGUAGUACUGCCAGCCAGAAGGCAAACAUGGCCUAUUUGAGUGUGAGAGAUGCACAGCGAGGUGUUGAUCGUAGACUUAGUCAAGCUUUCGAAGAUGCACAAGGUGGCGAAGAGACUGGGGACGAAAGUGCCAUUAUCGACGAAGAAUUUGAGGAAGAGCUAAAGGUCGCCGCUGAUAAAACGAAGGAUGCCGUAUCCUCAGCCGCUGAGAAAGCUAAUCGCGAGGUCAAAUCUACCGCUAAAUCGACACAGCAGACUCUGAAGAACGCCAAAACCAAAGUCGAAAAUAGCCCAGCCGCUGAAAAUGCGUCGCAAAAGAUCAACUCGCUCACUCAGAGCAUUACGGACGCUGCCGACAGAAUUCAAGAAGAGGUCAAAGCUAUCGCCGCUGGUGAAAAUGAAGAUGCCAACCAUGCUCUCGAUGUCUUGAAGCAAAAAGCUGAUUCCCUCAAGACUCAGGCUGAGAAUGCGUCCCAGGCUGGCAAGGAAAAGGCAGAGGAAGCUUAUCAGAGCGUCAAGGAAGCAAUCUCGAAGUUAACGGCUGAUGCACCUGAUCGGGAGCAGGUUAAGGAGGAAGCUUCGAAAGCAUUCAAUUCCACCGCUUCAAAGGUCAAAGAAGGUACUGACGCUGCAGUGGAAAAGGGCAAGGAAGUGGCAUCUGCUACCAAGGAAACAGCUGCUGGUAAACUCGAAGAAAGCGCACAAGAAUCGACAUCCAAGGAUCAGUCUGGGCAGAAGUCAGAUUCGAGCUCGUCAAAUAGUGGAGAGAAGGACUCUACUUCGAAUAAGCCUCAAGCUAAUAGCGAUAGUGCUGCUGACGAAACACAGACCAAUGAAACCUCAAACAAAGGGUCUGAUAAAUCAAAACCUGCAGAUGCUACAAAGCGUGAGGGAGAUGAUUCAAAUAAGGAGGAAGAUCAGAAGCCGGCAGCAAAGGAGCAAGAGCUGACCGAAAAGGAAAAAGUGCGCGAUGUGAUUUCUGACAAAGACUCAAAAGCUGAAGCAAGUACAGGAGAUGCAAAGAAAAGUGCAGCUGCUGCAAGAAAGUCAAAAGCAAGACAGUCCAGCGAACCCAACACCUCCAACAAGCCCAAGCAAAAAGAGCAAACUACCCAAAAAGAAAAACCAUCAGUAGAAGAUGACGAAUCUUCGUCCGAAGCUCCAGGUGGUAGUCUCGACAAGGCAGAAGGUUCGUUCCCAAUACAAGAGAACUCUGAAGGAAGACAGCAAUACUUUCAUCAAGAACGUGAGGAUGCUAUCAAGAAGCUAGACUCUACCAAAGACGAAGAAACAGAUGUAGUUGUACCGGAGGAGACAGAGGACAAGACGGAAGAUGAUCACAACGACGAAUCAAAAGAGAGUGAGGUCAAGAGCGCAGAUGCAGAGACUAAAGAGGAAAGACCCUCAUUCGAAGAGACACGUGCACAGGCUCUCGAAAAGCUGAAGUCAGCGAGCUCAGAAUCCAACAAGCCGGACACUCAGGACUAUGAGGACCAGAAAGAGUCAUGGAUUCAGGUUGAUAAUGAAACAACCCCAUCUAAAGACAAGAAUGGCAAGUCAACAAGAGCUCACGCAGAUGACGGAGAUUCGGAUCAGCCAACCUUCGCCGACAUCGUUAAGCAAAAUCCCGAGGGUUCGGAAAAUGACGAUGCACAGGACACUGCCGAGAGCAAGGAGGACCAGGAAGCAGAAGCAGAGGAAGACAAAAUCAUCGACGAAAGUGAAACUCUCAGAGAUGAUGUCAAGCCUAGUGCAUCAGAACAAGAUACAGCUAAUGAGGGAGGAAAAGACUCGAAAAGCUCAACUUCAAAGAAAGCUGCAGAAGCUGGUGCGUAG